CUUCCUGCUCUCAUUUCUCCAGGAUUCUGUUUUCCCUUCAGGCUUGACUUUUCCAUGAUGGCCUUGAUCUUUCCAUUCCCUGGGUCUGUCCAGAUCCAUUCCUAAGGAGGAUCCAGUGCCCAGGUUUCUCUGUUUUGAGAUUGCACCAGCAGCCCUCAUUCUGGGUUGGAUGAACCCACAACCCUGAAGGAGGCACCCACUAGAGGAAGCCUCCAUCUUAUCUAAGAGAUCUAGAACCCCACCAGUGGACAGCGCCUGGCCUCCCUGUGGCCCCAGGGGAACGGAAGCCUCGAACGCGGGAAGAAUACCCUGAUGAGAAACGUGGAGCUAGGCACACAGUAUUCUGGCAGUGUGAGCUGCGAGAAGGACGCUACCUCCUCCUUCUGAGACCAUCCUCCUAGUCCCUAGAGAUGGAAAGAGUGUCUCCCAAAUUAUGUCGGUUAAUGCUUUUAAGAAAAGAUCUCCAAUCAGUAGAGGUUGUCCUCAAAAAACUAUUUCUCAAGAUUUUUGGAAUAUUCUGCUAGAAACAUUAUCUCCUUGUGUUAUCUCUAUACUUCACCUCCAACAAUUCUUUUGAAGAGAAUUUUGACUUGUCCAAGUAUGUUUUGUAUGUCACCGUUUAAUAAUGGAGGAAAAUUGAUAUGAGAUAUUUAAGUGAGAUAGAGUCUUACUAGUGCUUUGCUUUGUUGUUGGCUUCUGGUAUGACCAUGGAUAGGAAAACCAAGACUUAUUGACUUGUUUGACAUCGUACAGUGAGUUUCAUGGAGGUGAUAGUUAGACCUGAGGAUUUCUGAAUUCCCAGUUCCAUGUUUUAAUUGACGUGAAUCAAAUGACAUACAAUACUUACUGAUGUUUGUCCUUUGGGUGACAAUUUACAGAAAGUUAGCUCUGGAACUUGAUGGGUGACAACCCUUUCCACCCAAAAGAUAAUUUUAAAAUGGCUGAACUAUUUAUGGAAUGUGAAGAAGAAGAGCUGGAACCAUGGCAAAAGAAAAUAAAAGAAGUUGAAGAUGAUGAUGAUGAUGAUGAGCCAAUCUUUGUUGGGGAGAUUGCAAGUUCCAAACCAGCCAUUUCAAAUAUUUUGAACAGAGUCAACCCCAGCUCAUCAUCAAGAGGAAUACAGAAUGGCGCCACCAAUAGAGGUGCUGUUGCUUCAUUCAAGCCAACCAGUCAACACUACAUGACUCCAACAUCAAAUACUGUGGCAGCUUCACCAGUUUUUCAAUCUAUAUCAAGAUCUACAGCUAGUUCUGUUGCUCAGCCAUUGUCUAAACCUGGUUACAUAAUGAGCUCACCACAAGUUGUACCUAAUAAUUCUUCAGGGUUACUGUUUGACUUGAGACAAAACACAGGAAUACCUCAGUACCAAGGAGGAACAGCACGCUCUUUAACAGGUUUGAAUGAAAGUUCCUUUGUAGCAAAACGUCUCUCUACUUCUGAAGUAAACAGUGUUACUUCAAAGAAGCCCAAGUCCAAUGAAGGUAUUGCUGGAACCCAUCCCUCAUCCCCAUCAUUCUCUUCAGUAAAGUCACCAUCACAGAGCACACCUUCAAAAGGUACAAUUACUUCUACUAAAAACGGACCACCUUUCCCAAGAGCUUGUCCAAAGUGUAACAUUCAUUUUAAUCUGUUGGAUCCUUUAAAAAAUCACAUGAAGUACUGUUGUCCAGAAAGGGUAAAUAACUUCUUUUGGGGAUCUAAUAAAACAGAAUUUUCAAAUACAGCAAGUAAAAAUAAGAUUGCUGAUGCUGAUAAAGGAAAACUGAUCAUGUUAGUUAAUGACUUUUAUUAUGGGAAACAUGAAGGAGAUAACCUACAAGAACAGAAGACUCACACAACCUUUAAAUGCUUCAGUUGCCUGAAAAUACUUAAAAAUAACAUUAGGUUUAUGAACCACAUGAAACACCAUUUGGAACUUGAGAAACAGAGCAGUGAAAGCUGGGAAAACCACACGACUUGCCAACAUUGCUAUCGUCAAUUUCCCACACCUUUCCAGCUGCAAUGUCACAUUGAAAGUACACAUACCCCCCAUGAAUUUUCUACUAUUUGUAAAAUCUGCGAGUUAUCAUUUGAAACAGAGCAAGUUCUUUUACAACAUAUGAAGGACAAUCAUAAACCUGGUGAAAUGCCAUAUUUUUGUCAGGUGUGUAAUUAUAGAUCAUCAUCAUUUUCUGAUGUAGAAACACAUUUUAGAACUUCUCAUGAAAAUACUAAGAACUUGCUUUGUCCAUUUUGCCUCAAAGUUAUUAAACUUGCAACACCAUACAUGCAUCAUUAUAUGAAGCAUCAGAAAAAAGGAAUAUAUCGUUGUACAAAGUGCCGACUACAAUUUUUGACUUGCAAAGAGAAAAUGGAUCAUAAGACUCAACAUCGAACAUUUAAAAAACCUAAACAAUUAGAAGGAUUGCCUCCUGGAACAAAAGUGACUAUCCGAGCUUCAGUUGGACCUCUUCAGGCAGGAGCAUCAACUGCACCAUUCAUUAGUGCAAGCACUUCUACCCUUCAGCUGUCUCCUCCAAGGACUAAAAAUACAACUGCAAAAAGUACAGCUGCAAAAAACACCACUGCAAAAAGUACCACUGCAAAAAACAAUACAAGAACUACUGCAACGAAAUCAAAAUCCAAAUCGAAAACAUAUAAUGUGCAAAAGAAGCCAGGCCCAGGGGGCACAAAAAGAAAUAAAGUCAAUACAGCAUUGAGGAAUUUAAGGUAUCGUCGGGGAGUUCACAAGUGCAUUGAAUGUUAUUCGGAAAUAAAAGAUUUUGCAAAUCAUUUUCCUACAUAUGUCCAUUGUAGUUUAUGCAGAUACAACACUAGCUGUAGUAAAGCCUAUGUAAAUCACAUGAUGAGCUUUCACAGCGCCCGUGCAAGUAAAAGGUUUUGCAUUUUUAAGAAGCAUUCAGAAGACUUGAGGGGCAUUACUGUAGUGUGCCUUAAUUGUGAUUUCCUAACAGAUGUUUCUGGUGUAGAUAACAUGGCCACACAUUUAAGUGAAAGUGACACUCACACGUGCCAAGUUAUAAAAGAAAAUAUGCCUGUUUCAGUCACAAGUUCUGAACAACUUCCAGAGUUAAAGAAUGAAAUAAUCACUAUGGAAAAAGAAGCUACACCUGAGAAAAAUUCAAGACCUAAUAUGUCUGAAGGAAAAACAGAAACAUCAACUUCUGAAAGCAAACAAGAAAAUGCUUCUUCAGAGGAAGCCAAAAAAGAAUGUGAUGUAAAUCCAUGUAAAGGCUCAUCAGCAAUAAAGAAUGAAGAAAGUACAGCAAUUUUAAAUAUGAAAAAUGACCCUAACCUAGUAGCCCAGGAUAGGGGCUCAAGGAAUUUCUUCAGUCCUGUUUCAGAUAAUAGUGAUGUCCAAGAGGUGAUGGAAGAACAACCAAAAAACACUGAUAGCAAAACUGAAUUGAAGAUGUGCCAAAGUUUAGAGAAUGUAACUUUAAAUAAUCAGACUAACAGCUCCAGUGAAGCUAAGCCUUCUUCACGGAAUACUAAAAAUUUGAAAUUAACAACAAAUGAUGUUAGCUUUGAACAGUUUUUGAGAAAAAGAGAUGAACCUGAAUCUGUUAGUUCUGAUGUUAGUGAGCAAGGCAGUAUUCACUUGGAGCCUUUGACACCAUCCGAGGUGCUUGAGCAUGAAGCCACCGAGAUUCUUCAAAAGGGUAGCAUUGAAGCUCCAGUUGAGGAAGCUGGAGUCAUUUCUGAGCAAACAGCUGACAUUUCUAGAGGAACCAGUCCUAGUACAACAGAAACAACUGUAAACCAGACAGAUGAAAAGGAAGCAAGUUGAAAUGAAAUCAGCCAUUCAUUCUAAGUUUUAGUUUAAAAAUAAUAACAGUAAUGAUGGUAAAGAACAUCUUGGACCAUUCCUACUGGGUGUGCUCAGUGACACUUUUGGAAAUAGAAAAAUGUAAGGAUAGGUUAUACAUACAUUUUAUAUGUGUGUUAAGCCUAUUAUUAAGUAGUCAAUUUGCCAGUCAUAGCACAAUUAAACAUAAGUAACUAAAAGGGUAUGUGUGUUCUGAUGAAGGUUAAAUUUGAAGUGGAAAAGUCUCAUUUGAUUAGUUUUGGGGGUUUUUUGUUGUUGUUUUUUGUUUUUUCAGAAAAGGGAUGACAUGUAAAGUAAGUAAUCAUAAGGAUUACUUAUAUAAGUUAAGUAAUUAUAAGAAAGGAUACAUAAGGAUAUUAAUUAUUAAAAUUUUUGAAAUCCCUAAAAUGAAAAUCUGUUACAUUCUUUUCCACCAUUCUUACAAAAGUUUUGAGAAGUCCUUUAUGAAGGUAAUUGGUUAAAAAUGAUGGUUGCUGGGUGAGUCAGAGAAGGUUUUAACUUGGAGUGUAAUGCUGAUGUGGAGCAUGCUUACAGUGAUGUAUUAAUCUAAUGACAGUUUGGAUAAAUGUAAAAUUCCUUUGGAUUUAAUGUCACAUUCCUGUCUGUCAGAAGCAUGUAAACAGAAUUAUAUGAAUCUAUGCACCUCCAUACAGGUGUUAGCAUCCCAGGCUGUAAGCUUACCUUAAUUAAACUUUCAGUGAAAGUGAAAUUCUUAAAAUAUAUAUUUGUGGUUUUUGUCAGUGUGCAAGCUGUGCAUAAAUCCCUGACGUAUUAGUUGUAUAAAGUAGGACUCAUUACUGGAAAUACUGUAGCUAUUACUGCUUUUACUGUUGUUUUAAUGAUUUUUGUUAGUAAUAAGUAGACCCACAAAUGGUCUGUAAGCCAAGCCAAAGUUCGGUUUAAUGUAGAAACUGUAAAGCAGUGAACUGGAAACAUGUUCUGUCAUGUAUUCAGCCAUUUAAAACUACUUCUUUAUGUUAAACAAAGACUGAAAGGGGACCUAAAGCAGAAAUGUAUAAAUCAAUUUCAGGAAUUUAGCCUAAUGUCCAUGAGAUGGCUGCUAAAAUUAUUUUUUGUUUGUUUUUACUGUCUUAGGAACUCAUAGAUGUAGGAAUGCAUAAUAUGAUUAACAGUAGUUUGCUUUGAAAUACUGACAAACUUCAUUAAAAAUGCUGCAGUUUUACUCCAUUAGAAUGUGUUUUGAACUCUUAAAUUUUGUUUCAAUGAAUGUUGAAUGUUUUAAACAACUAUUAAACACUGCUGUAUAUAUUAGUUUUUGAGUAAAUAUUUGCAACAAAAAGUUGUCUGUGGGUACUUUUAUUUUUCAGAUGAUUUCUUAGUCUUGAACAAUUGUUUUUAACAGUAGAAUAUUUAGGAAUAGAAUUGUUUGGUUGGAGACUCUUUUAUCCUGUAUUUUAUUCUAUGUUGAGUAAUGAACGUUUUAUAUUAAAUUAUAGUGUAAUUUAAGAAAUUAUGCUCUUAUUACUUGACAGGAGAAAUACAUACUGCCUUAUCUCAUCAUGAGGUAUCACAUCUCACUUAAGGAGAGAAGUAUAUGGCAUUUGGUUUGCUCAGCAACUUUGAGAAGUUAAUAAGUAAAUACAUUAAUAUUUUAUAAAACUUGUUAUCUAUCUUGUCAUUUCAGAUAUGUUCCUAAAAAUUAGUGGUUAAUUUUAUCUUUCCUGCCCUAUAAAGAUGAGUUUAUAUAAACAUUGACCAUCUCUCCUAAAAUCUUGUUUGGCAUAGAGUGUUGCAUUCAGUGUCAGAGGCACUUGGCUCCACUUAAUGACUUGACACUUACUACUUAGAUCAUAGACAAAUCAUUUAACUUUUCUGAGCCUCAGUUU